AUGUCUUCAAUAUCAAGUGGUGACCAGGCAAUGCGUCUUAGUAAGAUUGGUCCGAUCGAAAAUGUCCAUGUAGUAUCUUCUAAAGAAAAAGAUAUCGAAACAAAUGAAACUGAUGAUGAUAUCACUAUUCGUUCUCCUCCACCAAAGAAGAGUUUAGUCAUCAAACAAACUGAAGUUAUGGCUUCUGUUUACGACAAGUGGUACUAUCAUGUCGUAUUGUUGGUAUCUGCUUUCAUUUGUGGUUAUGGUUAUGGUCUUGAUGGUAACAUCCGUUACAUUUAUACAGGUUAUGCUACAUCCUCAUAUGCCGAACAUUCUUUAUUAUCUACUGUUACCGUUAUUAACGCUGUUGUCUCAGCUGCAUCUCAAAUUGUUUACUCGAGGUUAUCUGAUUUCUUUGGUAGGUUUAUUCUGUUCGUUAUUGCUAUUGUUCUUUACGUCGUAGGUACCAUUAUUCAAUCACAAGCUUAUGACGUUCAAAGAUAUGCUGCAGGUGCAAUUUUCUAUAACGCUGGUUAUGUUGGUGUGUUAUUAAUUCUAUUACUGAUAUUGUCAGAUUUCUCAUCAUUAAAGUGGAGAUUAUUCUAUCAAUUUGCUCCAACGUGGCCAUUUAUUAUCAAUACUUGGAUCUCUGGUAACAUCACCUUGGCGGCUAAUCCUUUAGUUCAUUGGUCAUGGGAUGUCGGUAUGUGGGCUUUCAUUUUCCCAUUAUCUUGCAUACCAAUGCUGUUAUGUAUGAUUCAUAUGCAAUGGAAGGCUUCCAAAACUGAAGAAUGGAAAGAAUUGAAAAAGGAAAAAUCUUAUUAUGAAAAACAUGGUCUACUAUUGACUUUGAAGGAAUUGUUUUGGAGGUUAGAUAUCAUUGGUGUUUUGUUAAUGGUUGCAUGGUUAGGUUGUAUAUUAGUCCCACUUACCCUUGCUGGUGGUGUUAAAUCCAAAUGGAAUGAUGGUAGAAUUAUUGGUCCAUUUGUCUUAGGUUUCGUCUUAGUUCCAAUCUUUGCUGCUUGGGAGUAUUUUUUCGCAAGAGAUCCCUUAAUUCCAUAUGCCUUAAUUAAAGAUCGUGGUGUUUGGGCAUCAAUGGGUAUUUCUUUCUUGAUCGAUUUUAUCUUUUAUAUGGCCUCAGACUACCUAUAUACAGUCUUAAUCGUCGCAGUCCAUGAAUCGGUCAAAUCUGCUACUAGAAUUUCUUCAUUAUCAUCCUUUGUAUCUACUGUUGCCUCUCCAUUUUUCGCAUUAUUGUUAACUAGAUGUUCUAGAUUAAAACCCUUCAUCAUGGUAGGUUGCUCAUUGUGGAUGCUUAGUAUGGGAUUGUUAUAUCAUUUCAGAGGUGGUGAACAAUCACACUCAGGUAUUAUUGGUGCACUAUGUGUAUGGGGUAUUGGGACAACUUUGUUUACAUAUCCAGUUAAUGUAUCAGUACAAUCAGCUACCAGUCAUGAAAAUAUGGCAACUGUUACAGCUAUUAAUUAUACAUGUUAUCGUUUAGGUUCUGCGAUUGGUGCUGCAGUUAGUGGUGCCAUUUGGACACAAAAAUUAUAUCCAGAUAUAUUGAAACGUGUUACAGAAGUGGUGGGUGCUACAGAAGCAGUUACAAUUGCAACUGAAGCUUACUCAUCUCCUUAUACUUUUAUCACAAAAUAUACUUGGGGUACACCUGUUAGAGACGCUGUUGUUGAAUCGUAUAGAUAUAUUCAAAGAUUAGAAACAAUUGUUGCUUUAGUUUUCUGUGUGCCACUUAUUAUCUUCUCAUUAUGCUUGAGAGAUGCUAAGCUAACCGACGAAAUUGCACAUGAAAAUAUCAAAGAAGGUGAAUAUGUUUCGAAAGAAGAUAGUGAUGUGUUCUUCGAUUGGUUAAAGAAAGUUUUUGGCCGUUCCAAGAAAUCUGACGAAGACGCUUAA